AUGGACGAAUCAUUACCAAAUCCCCCGGCCGAGCUGAAGUCGGUCCUACCCUUCGUUCAACGAGCCAACGAGCUUCGCACGGCCGACAAAGUCAUCGCCUACUGGUGUUGCUACUACGUCGCCCAGCUCGGCAUUUCCUCCAAUGCCUCUUCUUCGCAAGCAAAGAUGUAUCUUCUCACUCUUAUGGACACUCUCGAAGAGCUCAAAGCCAAACUGGCCGACAACGAUGCUGUGACCAACGAUGCUGCCAGCUCCGCUUACGUCGAGAACUUUGCCCUCAAAGUCUUCGUUGGUGCUGACAACGAGGAUCGCUCGGGUAAAGCAACACGAGCAACAGCAAAGAAGUUCUUAGCUGCAAGUCAAUUCAUUGAGCUGCUCAAGAUCUUUGGCACCCUGGAACCGGAGAUGGGAGAGAAGAUCAAGUAUUCCAAAUGGAAGGCGGCUGAUAUUGCGAAAACCUUCAAGGAAGGCAGGAAGCCAACGCCAGGGCCGGCAGGAGGCGAUCCGAAAGAGGAGGAGGCAAAAUUAGAAACUGCAAUGGGACCAGGCAAAGUGGAGGAUAGCAAGGAGGAACAGGAGUAUAUGGCGAGGGAGAUGGCCAAGUUGACCGCCGAUGCUGGUCCAGAUGAGCCUACAGCUAGUGCUCCUGCAGCACCAAACGCGCCUGCUCCGCAAGACACUGUCAUGGCUCGCGGCAGCAGCUCAGGCAGCCAGCCAGAAGCACGUGCUCAGGUCCAGCCGCCUACAGGUCCACCUUCAGCCGCGAACCAACUUGAUACCCACAAACUCAACACAGCCUUCCCCGACGCUGAAGAAAUGUGGAAAUCCAGCUCUCGCAAGUCCACCGAAGCUAUCUCUCGUACGCCUUCCGCAUCUUCGCAUCUCGACCGACCGACAAUCGCUCCUUCUGCAAGCUUUGGCUCAAAUCCAGGCAGCUCUCGUCCACUUCCUGUUCCACCGCAGCGAGAUGGUCUACCCAUCCCACCCGUCAGCGCUCACGAACACUUCAACAAUGGUAGUCCCGGCUUUGAUGCCGCUAGUGGAGCAGGUGGACCUGGUGCAGCGCCAGCUUCGUUCUGGGGAGGUGCAGCUUCAUCAGCGCCGGCAGCGGACAAUGUAACAGACCUGCCUUCUGUUCCUUCAACACUCGGCGGUGGCAGUGGGCUGGAAGGCCAUCCAGCAAUCGAAAGGAUUGAUCCGCCUCAAUCGAGCUUGCCUGGUACACCGAGUGGGCUCCCUAGCACUCCUGGAUUCGCUUCUCCUUCUGCGCCGGGCUUCCACCCGUCGCCCUCUGCUCCCAGCGCCCCUGUACUCCCACCUGCACCGCCGGCAGCUCGCGCAGCACCUGUUGCGCCUGUACCAGCUCCGGCACCAGUUCCUGUAGCAGUAGCGUACCCGGAGACACUGGAUCCAAAACUGUCAACAAGGGUUCAAAAGCUGGCGAGAGGAGCUGCUAGUGCUGUGGACUUUGAAGAUCUGGAGACGGCAAGGAUUCAGCUUAGGCAGGCGCUGGAUAUUUUGCAAGGUCGAACGAAGGCAUAG